AUGGGUUGGAGGCCACGGGAGGAGGCUACAGUGCAUCCAAGGGAGAAAGUCAUAGUGCACUGGCAGGAACGUUUAGGCGGGCUAACACAAGGCAUGAGGCCCGUAGGAGAAUACCAUAGGGAGUUCAUGCUGCUUAGGGACGCGGUCAAGUGUACCCUUGACCCCGAUAUGCUUGCCCGGAAGUUUUGGGAUGAUUUGAGGGCAGAGCUCCGAGAAGCCUUGGACAUACGCCUUUACCCUACUAUGCAUAGGUUAGCCUCCGACGCAGCUCUACUUGAGAAUACCGAGGAUGUCUACGAUCCCGCAAGAGGGGAAGAUAUGCCAACAGGACGGAGGGUAGCCCGUAGCGCCACCCUUGACAUCCCUAUACCAUCUGCGCAACAGACCAAGGCUUUCAACAACGUGGAUUACAUAUGCAUGCCAAGGAAAUGGCUAGAUGCGUAUCGAAGACAAGCCGACUUGAGCAUCAAACAAGAACCAAGGAGCAGAGGACGAAGGAUGGAACGGCUGGUUGGUAGAGUCGGAGGGUGA